AUGGGAUCCCUCGCAACGGAUCCAUACAAGGUUCUCGGUGUCAGUAGAGAUGCGGACCUUGCGACCAUCAAAAGUGCGUACCGAAAGCUAGUCUUGAAGUGUCAUCCGGAUAAGGUCCAGGAUCCAGCCUUGAAAGCAGCCAAACAAGACGAGUUCCAACGUGUACAACAAGCCUACGAGAUUCUGGGCGACGACAAUAAACGGAGGGAGUACGAGGAAGAUGCUAAACUAAAUCGCCUUCGAGAUGAGCUGUCCCGUGGCAUGAGUCGGUCGGCUGCGGCUGCCCGGGCAUCGCCAAAAAGCUACAACGAGCCUCACAUACGAACCGCCGAGCCACCCCCGUCUUUCAAACCUGGGCCCCCACCGACGUCACCGUUCUCUCCCUAUGGAAGUGCUAGCCAUCAAUUCUCUCAUUCGUGGGAUCGUGAUAUCCCUCUCAGAACGAAGGCGCCUUAUGACGAAGGACAUCGCGCCCGCCGCACUGCAAGCUACGAGAAACCUCGUGAUGACUUCAAAGAGGAACGAAGACGGCGGAGGGACGAUGACGAGCAUCAAACCCAUGGAUCAACGCAUGAGAAGGAGCGCGAGAGGGAGCGUGAUCGCGAACAAGACAAGGAUCGAGACAGGGAUAGGGACAGGGACCGUGACCGUAGAAGCCGCUCCGACCGCGAAAAGGAUGACCGAAAAGACAAAAUCCGACGUGAGAAAGAAAAACGUGAGAAGGAGCGUGAUCGAGACAGGUCUCGACGCCAAGACCAGCAGGAGAAGUUUCACUCAAGAAAACCUAUCUAUGUCGAGGUGACUGAUGAUUCCGGCGAAGAUCAUCAUGUCUCGAGGAAAGCAUCGUCUUCUGGUGCCGGUGCUACGACGAGUGCUGGAGGGGGGAAGUACGUUGAUAGUGUUCGCCGCGACAAGUCGACCCGCCGCGAUGUAUCACCGCGCUUGGAACUGAACGCGGACAAAACUUCGGAAAAAAUGAAAUACGCCGCAAACUACAUGGUCAAUGCAAGGAGGCGAGGAAGCAAAUCAGGUGGCUCUCAUCCUCCCGACAAUAUCGCGUAUAACGCCAACUUUCCUGACCCGGACCAAGCUUGGCACGGCGGAGACUCGCCUCGACCACGGCGGCCUUCGCAGGAUGAUAAGAAACUCCGCACCCGAGUCACCUCCGACGAUGGCGAAGUCGAAGACUAUGAGGCUGUGCCAGAAUUCAGGCCUCCGCGGCUUUCAAAAUCGUACACCUCACCGGCUGGUGCUUUGCACAUGUCCAACUCGUCGAUUCCCCGUAUGCCAAUUUUGUCGCGCGCAUCGACUAUGGACUACUCACGACACCCACCACCAGCGGCACCUGCCGCUCCUCCACCGGAAUCCAGCCGCCACACAUCGAAAUCGGAACGACGCCGCAGAGGAUCAUUUGACACAUAUGAGGACGACUCCCGUGCGCGGCGGUCUUUACCGCAACCCCGCCGUACGUUACAUCACACACUUGACGAUGUUGUGCCAUUGUCACGGACGCCAAAAAUGUCGCUUUAUAGAUCAGAUGACGUCCAAUUUCAUCACUCACUGCCAACCUCAGGGUCCAGAAAGCCCGGCUUUAGCAAGGUGAAGGUCGCCCCAAACUUCUCCUCAGAGCACGUUUACCAAGCAAAGCGUUUCUCUGAUGAAGACGUCGCCUAUUCCAACGUUCACCAUUCAAGCAACCAAUACUCCUCCCCACAUGCGGCGUAUCUCCAUGUCAGGAGCUAG